AUGCCGGCCUUUUCGCCAAGCGGGCUGUACGGCCUGGUCGAUAUGGGAAGCAACGGCAUCCGCUUCUCCAUCACAGACGUCGGCGGCCCCACCGCGCGCUCCCUGCCCACCGUCUACCAGGAUCGCACCGGCGUGUCGCUGUACGAUGCCCAGUACGCCGAGUCCAACACUAAAGGUCCCAUCCCGCAGGCGACCAUCGAUGAAGUCGUCGCCGCGCUGAGGAGGUUCAGGGUCGUGUGCAAGGAUUUUGGCGUGCCGGAGACUAAUGUCAGGGUGUUGGCGACGGAGGCGACGAGGACGGCGGUCAAUAGUGAGGAUUUUCGAAAGCAGAUCAAAGAUGCUACAGGCUGGGAAGUCGACAUGCUUUCGAAGGAGAUGGAGGGCCGUAUUGGCGCAAUGGGCGUGGCCAGCAGUUUCAAACAUGUGGAAGGCCUCGUCAUGGACCUAGGCGGUGGCUCAACGCAGUUGACUUAUCUAACCACCGACUCGGCCGGAACAACCAUCACCUCGCCGAUAGGCAGCAUUUCGUUCCCGUACGGCGCAGCAGCUCUAACGCAACAACUCUCAACCCUCUCCUCCACCCAAGGACCUUCGGCUGCCAAAGAUGACCUCGCCAGCACGAUCAAGUCCCAAUUCCGCCAAGCCUACUCCGACCUCCAGCUCCCCGAGUCCCUGCGCCGCCUCGCCAUGCACCACGGCCUCACGCUCUACCUCAGCGGCGGCGGCUUCCGCGGCUGGGGCUUCCUGCACAUGUCGCGCCACAAGGUCUCGCCGUACCCGAUCCCCAUCAUCAACGGCUUCAGCAUCAGCAAGCACGCCUGGAGUCAGACCACCGACAUCGAGGAGCUGGCCGCCCUCGCCGUGCGCGCCGAGGAGGGUCACGGCGUCUUCCGCGUCAGCAAGCGGCGCGCCGCGCAGGUCCCCGCCGUGGCCUUCCUGGUCAACUGCGUCGUCGAGGCGCUGCCGUUCGUGCGCGACGUGCGCUUCUGUCAGGGUGGCGUGCGCGAAGGCUUCCUGUACGAUUCGCUGCCGCCGGCGGUCAAGAUGCAGGACCCGUUGUGUGCGGCGACGAGUGUGCUGGGUCCCGAGGACGCCGGACGCAUCGCCGAGGUGCUGUGCGCGAGUCUGCCGGGAAAGUGCUACUUGGACCGGCAGGUCCCCGCGGUGUUCUCGAUGGAGAUAUGCCGCGCCAUCGCCGACUGCAUGUAUCUGGGCAGCAGCCACACGAAGGAGACGAGGAGCUUAAACGCGCUCAUGAUGCCGUUGACGGGGGCGCUGGCCGGCGUGCACGGCGUGGGACACAGUGAGAGGGCGGUGUUGGCGCUGGCGCUGCGGAGGCGCUGGGACGGCGAGGUCCCCAAGCCGUGGGAUGAGGUGGUGGACCGGCUGAGGGGUGUGCUGAGUCCGCAGGAGGGCUGGUGGGCUGAGUAUCUCGGCGUGGUGGCCGGCUUGCUGGGUGAGGUGUAUCCGGCGGGCAGGGUGGGCACGAAAGCAAGGCUGAAGGUCGCGUCUCAAUGGGCUGAGGGCUUGGGCAAGAAGGGCCUGUAUCAGGGAGUGAGGGUGCGGUUGCGGGGGAGAGAAGGGGAGGAGGUGCUGAAGAGGGAGACGUUGACUGCCUUGGUGGAAGGGUGGGAGAAGGUGGGUAAGAAGAAGCACUGGGUGAGGGGCUUUGGAGUGCCGGUGGAGGUUGAUAUUGAGCUUGUUCCAAUGGAUGAGGGCUUAUAG